AUGGGCCGUUACGCGGUAGUGGUGGUUGUCGAUGGCAUCUCCCCCCACGACGGCCUCCAUACACUGCCGUUUGUGGUCACAGCCGGAGCGCCAUCUGCCGAGCACUUUGUCCUCUUUGGCCGCCCACCAGCUGGCACCAUGGUGGCCGGUGAGGUUUUUGAGCUGCGGUUCACCGCUAACGACGCGUCCGGCAACGCGCUGCCUGGGCUCGCCAAUGGCCAGCUCGCCUUUGAGUUUGUUGACGACGACGAGAACGAUGCCGACUCGGCCGAGCUUGUGGAGCUGCCGGUGGGUGGCGACGUCGGCCCGGGCGCGUACCUUCUCCGGGCCUCGCCGCGCAUCGCGUCCGACUACCAGGUCUCAGUCCUGGUCGGCGGGCGAACGGUGGUGCCGGCAUGCCAGGUGGCCGUAAGCGUCCGUGCUGGCGCGCCCGACCCUUCCCGUGGCCGAAUCCUCCGCAACUGGCCGGCUGGACAGGAGCUCGAGGCCGGUGCGCCGUGGUCGGUGGCCAUUCUGGUCUGCGACAAGUUUGACAACCCGGUCUCGAUGCCCGACUCGGCGCUGGUGCUCGAGGCGGCCGACUCGGUGAGCGCGACACCGCUCGACGUGGCGCACACACUUCAGGCCAAGCGAGUCGGGGGCCAACCGGCGUACGUCGUCAAUGCCACCUUUGUGGCUGCAGGUGGCUACACACUCAACAUCCGGCUCGGCGCCGGCGGUCCAAUCGUGGCCGGCGCCACCUUUGUCGUCAACGUCGUUCCGCAGACCGAGCCCGAGUGGGGCAACUCGGAGCUCUUGAGCUCGCCGGCGUACCCGGAAGGCAUCCCGCUUGGCCAUCCGGUGCCGGUGCCAGAGAUGGAGGUGCCUGUCUUCCUCGGCGAGGAGCACAGCUAUGUGUUCCAGCUCUACGAUGCGUACUACAACGUGCUCGAAGAUUACAGCUGCAGCGAGACGGUGUUGAGCCGAGUCGUCGACAUGUCGCUCGGGUCCGCGACCAGGGUUGUGGCUGUUGUCGAAGACGGCGUGCUCACUGUUGUGGUCCGGUUCGACGUCGCAGGCCCAACGUUCAUCCGGCUGACUGCAUGCAAGACCGACACACCGCUGGUCGACGAGGCCUACUCGGUCGGCAUCGACUGGGCCAAGAUGGUCGGCGAGAUCCGGACCAUGAUCACCGAAGGCGACGUGCCAGCCAAGAUGAAGGGCGUGGUCAAGGCCUACCAAAUCAUGGACGACUACCCGGACGAGUCGCAGGUUGCCGAGCUCUAUCGACUCAUCACCGAGGCCUACGACUUUCUCGCCAUCUGGACCUAUGGCGCUGGCAUUAUGGGUGAUCGCCUCAAGGACCGCGGUGAACCCGAGGUUCUUGUCCAGUGCGUCAAGUCGCUCGUUGCCCGUGCGGCCGAGAUGAAAAAGUCAACUCUCCAGCUCGUCUCGUACGUCAUCGAAAACUACCUCGCCGCGCCUGUUGCUCUCCAGCAGCUGACCGAGGCUGAGGCGCGCAAGCUCGCGUCCAAGCUCAAGCGCUACACCAUCCGCGUCCACCCCGAUAAGGCCCGUUCACUCGGCAUCGACGACCCCACCAUCAUGUCCGAGGUCUUUAACCGCGUCAACCUGACCAAGGACACCAUCAAGAUGACCAUCGAUGCUGGCAAGUUCCGCAAGUAA